AUGAGCGGCGGCGGACAACCAGGCGGUGGUUUCUACAAGUAUCGGUGCAAGCACUUUUACACCUACGAAUGCAUGAAUUGGGUCUGGGUCAACCACGCUGCUUGUGCAACCUGCCUGGCCAUGGGAAGGGGAGAAGAAUCAGACGUCGCUCUAUCGGCAACACGCUUCGAGAUACGCGUACCUCGGGCUCUAGAUGGCAUGCUGUCCUACGAAUCAGCAUGGGUUGCCCCUCCCGUCUUUACUGGAUUCGAACCAACAUUCAAGACCAGAAAUGCACCUAUGAGCGGCAACAACAGCUCCACCACGAGUCUGGGUGAUUUUACCCCGGCAUUCAGAGGGUCUCCUCCGGAGGUGUUUCCUACCACUAUGACGACGACUGACACGCCUCAACCUGUCAUGACCACAACAGGCGUGUACCGAAUGGGUUAA